UAUAUUUGUCCGUGGGUGAUUAUUAGCCUUCCCCCUAAAGCAAAAAUAUAAUCCGGUGGAACAGCCGGAAAUGCAUUAUUAUCACGGUGAGUAGAGCUUUGUAUAACCCCAAUUCAGCGAGAGCAAUACGAUACAAAGCUAAAAUGGCAAAGAAGAAACUGUCUCUUCAAGAAUUCGUUUCCCUCACUGCUCCUUUACUUGAUUUAGAAAAGGAAGCAGAAAUAUCAGCUUCUAUUACUUCUGGGUCUUCAAGAAACUUGGAUAAUGCUCAGAAACGAGGCUCUACUAUUCUCAAUUUGAAAGUUUCCGAUGUUCAGACAGGGCUGAUGGGAAAAAGUCUUGUUGAAUUUCAAUCUAAUAAAGGAGAUGUUCUUCCUGCCCAUAAGUUUGGCACCCACGAUGUGGUAGUUUUGAAACCAAACAAGGCUGAUUUAGGAUCUCCUGCUCUUGGACAAGGGGUGGUUUACCGGUUAAAGGACUCUUCAAUCACUGUUGCCUUUGAUGAUAUACCGGAAGAGGGUUUAAGCAGUCCCGUACGCCUGGAGAAAGUGGCAAAUGAGGUGACUUAUCGGAGAAUGAAAGAUACAUUAAUUCAAUUGAGCAAAGGCAUACAGAGGGGUCCUGCUUCUGAUUUAGUUCCUGUUUUAUUUGGAGAGAGUCUUCCUACAAUGUCAAAGAAGGAUGUUACAUUCACUCCGUUUAACUCCAAUCUUGAUCAUUCUCAGAAAGAUGCAAUUUCGAAGGCCUUGUCAUCAAAGAAUGUGUUUUUGUUGCAUGGGCCACCUGGAACUGGGAAAACGACAACUGUGGUAGAAAUCAUAUUACAAGAAGUAAAACGUGGAGCGAAAAUUCUUGCUUGUGCCGCUUCAAAUAUAGCAGUGGACAACAUUGUUGAGAGAAUUAUUCCUCACAGAGUGAAAUUGGUGAGAGUGGGGCACCCUGCACGACUACUACCUCAAGUGUUGGAUAGCGCACUUGAUGCACAGGUUUUAAAGGGCGACAAUAGCUCUCUUGCAAAUGACAUUAGGAAGGAGAUGAAGGCAUUGAAUGGAAAGUUAUUGAAAACCAAGGACAGGAACACAAAAAGAGAGAUCCAAAAGGAGCUCAGGACUCUUUCAAAAGAAGAACGCAAAAGACAGCAACUAGCUGUCACGGAUGUAUUAAAAAAUGCAGAUGUGGUAUUAACAACUUUGACUGGUGCAUUAUCUCGCAAGCUGGACAGCACCUCUUUUGAUUUGGUUAUUAUUGAUGAAGCUGCUCAAGCACUUGAGAUAGCUUGCUGGAUUGCUUUGUUAAAGGGAUCAAGGUGUAUACUUGCUGGAGACCAUCUUCAGCUUCCUCCAACUAUCCAAAGUGUUGAAGCUGAGAAGAAAGGCUUAGGAAGGACCCUCUUUGAACGCCUUGCGGACCUGUACGGAGAUGAAGUUACAUCAAUGCUUACAGUUCAGUACCGCAUGCAUGAGCUUAUUAUGAACUGGUCAUCUAAGGAGCUCUACGACAGUAAGAUCAAGGCCCAUCCUAGCGUUGCUGCUCAUGCGCUGUUUGAUCUUGAGGGUGUAAAGAGGUCUUCUUCCUCGGAACCUACCAUUCUUCUCAUAGACACUGCUGGAUGUGACAUGGAAGAAAAGAAGGACGAAGAAGAUAGCACGUUAAACGAGGGAGAAGCGAACGUUGCUGUGGCUCAUGCUAAGAGACUUGUUGAAAGUGGAGUCCAGGCUUCUGAUAUCGGGAUUAUCACUCCUUAUGCUGCACAGGUUGUCUUGCUGAAGAUAUUGAGGAGCAAUGAAAAUAAACUUAAGGAUGUCGAAAUAUCAACUGUUGACGGUUUUCAAGGCCGAGAGAAGGAAGCCAUUGUUAUUUCAAUGGUCCGGUCAAACUCUAAAAAAGAGGUGGGGUUUUUGAGCGACCGCAGGCGAAUGAAUGUGGCUGUCACACGUGCAAGAAGACAAUGUUGCCUUGUCUGUGACACUGAGACAGUAACUAGUGACGGGUUCUUAAAGCGAUUAGUUGAAUAUUUUGAAGAACACGGUGAGUAUUUAAGUGCUUCCGAGUAUUGCAACGAAUAGGUGAUGAUCCAUGGAGGAGCAGGGGUCGACAAACUGCAUUCAUUGAAGAAUUUUAGGGUUCCAACUAAGUAUUAAUAGAAAAAUGAACCAUUGCUCUAACAAAGUUGUUUUUAUCUGGAAACAUUUUUUCGACAGAAGGCUGAUUUAAGUGAUUAUGCGAAACCUGUUCAGAUAUUACACCAUGUUACACUUACACCAACAUUGUCAUCAGUAGUAGUCAAACAGAUUUGCUUUUUUCUCAUCAUAAA